AUGCAACAAAUAAAAUAUCAUUGACGAUAUUCAGUUAUUCGAUUGGUCAAUGGGUCACAUCAAUAUGAAGGGAGACUUGAAGUAUGGAAUAGAGGGCAAUGGGGAACAGUGUGCGAUAUAUAUUUUCAUCCGCUCUCUGCAGCAGUUGUUUGUAGGAUGCUGAAAUAUCCAGAGACGAAUCCACAGGUAUUCCGGACAGCACUCUUUGGAGCUGGACAAUUAAAAAUGCAUCUACACAAUGUUGGAUGUAAGGGAAACGAAACAAGCUUAUUUCAAUGUAAACAUUUUAUAGGGGAACAUCGUGAUUGUAACGUUAUUAACACUGUAGGCAUAUCGUGUAUACCAGUACGAUUGGCUAACGGGUCAAAUCAGUAUGAAGGGAGACUAGAACUAUGGCAUGAAGGCUCGUGGGGAACAGUAUGCGAUGAUGGGUUUGGUACGCUGUCAGCGAGUGUUGUUUGCAAGAUGCUGGAUUUACCAGAAACUAGUCCAAUGGUAUUAAGGUCCGCACACUUCGGCUCUGGUAAAGGACCAAUACAUUUAGACAAUGUCAAAUGUACGGGGAAGGAAAGUAGCAUUCAUCAGUGUAGCCAUUCGGGUUGGGGAACGCAUACUUGUAGUCACAAUGACGAUGUUGGUAUAUCAUGUUCACCAGGAAUUCGAUUGGUGAAUGGGUCAAAUCAAUAUGAAGGGAGACUGGAAGUUUGGCACGACGGGACUUGGGGAACCGUGUGCGAAAAUAAUUUUGGUGUAGCGUCAGCAACUGUUGUUUGUAAGAUGCUGAAUUAUCCAUGGAGCAAUCCUUUGGUAUUCGGGUCCUCACACUUCGGCCUUCGACCAUUUCAAGUAAAACUAGAUAAUGUUAGAUGCAAGGGAACUGAAACAAGCAUAUUUCUAUGUCCGUAUUAUGGUUGGGGAAUACAUGGGUGUGUGCCGGAAAACAAUGUUGGCAUAUCAUGCACACCAGUUCGAUUGGUUGGAGGGUCUAAUCAAUAUGAAGGGAGACUAGAAGUGUGGCAUGAUAACACAUGGGGAACUGUAUGCGACGAUAAUUUUGGAGUGCUGACAGCAAAGAUUGUUUGUAAGAUGCUGACUUAUCCACAUAUUAACCCUGUUGUAAGAGACAAGGCAUUUUUUGGCGCUGGAACAUUACCAAUACUAUUAGACAAUGUUGGUUGUACUGGAAAUGAAACAAGCUUAUAUCAAUGUCCGCAUAGCGACUUGAGAAGCCAUGAUUGUAGUCACACUGAAGAUGUUGGUAUAGUGUGUAAAUAAGAGCGUGUAUGGAAACACAUGGAAACGGAGAUUUGAUGCGGAUGUAAUCUCAUACUUCAUGUUAGGCUUGUUAAAAACUAACAUCAUUUUUUUUAAAUUCAUUCUUUGCUUCCUUGGUGUGUAUUUAUUUUAUAGGCAUGUAUAUUUGUUUAUAACUGUAUGCAACCAAACUUUCAAACAAUAUGCAUGUAUAUAUAUCAUAUUUGUUUUUAAAGAACUUGAUUUAAAUAUUUAGUUUCAUAAUUAUAAUAUUAUAAUAGGUUAGUUUUGGUUCGAAACAAUAGUGUAUCAGUUAUGAUAACAGAGGCAACUGUAGCAGGUUUCAAUUUUUUACAUAUUUUACAUUCCGAAAUAGAGAUGGUUAUCAAAAGAGCAUAAUGUAAAUAAAAUGAUUUUAGCGUGAUUAU